AUGUGUUCGUAUCGCAAUCCUUCGCCUCCUCGCGAAGAAGAAGAACCUUUUUUACUCGGUGAUGCUAUUGGAGACACUGUCUACUCUAAGAGAUGGGUUUUGUCGGUUGUGGCGGAUCUUUGCAAAUAUGCACAUGCAAGAUGUGCAACGACGGAACGACUACCAGCCGACUGUGAUGUAAUCGACGAAACUGAUAUGGAUGAGGAGUGGGAGCAGGAACUUUGCAAGCUAUGGGAUGCUUCAGUUGACGAGGAUGUCAGUUGCUUUUUGUAUGAAGUAAAUGCGACUGAUGUAGCACUGCAAGUCAUUGCUGUCACUCAGCUGCCGAGAUUGAGAGAAAUUUGUGUUGGAGUGCUUGGCAAUAUGGCUUGCUGUCUGUCAGUCCGAAUUCAACUAUGUCAACGAAGCGACUUCUUAUCAGUAAUUCGUGAAGUUCUCAUGUGUGGUGACCCACCAACACUAAUCGAAGCAGUCAGGCUCAUUCGCACGUGCGUAUGUGACGAGAAUUGUCGAGUUCCCUGGCUAACGACGUUUCGAGAAAGUGAAUUUCAGAACUCGUUGCUUUUCAUUCUCGAGAGUUCUACUAAUGAAAACUUGCUGACAAGUGUAGCUCAACUUGUGGACGAUGCCGUUCGUACGGACAGCGACCUUGCAAGUGUAAUUGCAGGUCCUCGGUGCAUGCAAGCGAUCUGCGAGGCAUUUGGCCAAGUCAGACAAUCGGAGCCGUCGAGAUGUGACGUAUUCCUAUUGCUAAUGCAAGCUCUGUCGUCGACAGAACAAGGGAUCCAGUCGCUAGUGGAAGUCUGGGCAUCGGCGUGGUCCCUCGUAUGUGCACACAUCUGUGCAUGUGUCAGCACUGAUAUUCACUCUGCUGUCAACGAUCAAAUCCUAUCGACAGCCGCUGCAUGCAGUCUCUUGUCUAUCUUGAUAGAGAACAACAGAUCUGAAGCACUGGAAGCACUGGAAACAUUACAGGAUGCUCCUGCUGUUUCAAUCGUAACGGCAUUAGAGCAGCUACAGAGACUCAGCCACGAAAGCGAUCUCGAAGAAGAAGUUGAAGACGAAGCUUUACAGACAUUCCGUCAAAUUUUGAACGAUGUAGUAAACAAAGUACAACGUUGCUGAUGUGACACAACAGUAGACUCAUGCCCAGUCCUUCUUCCUGCUAGUUUGUUACACCAGGUUAGGUCAACAACACGUGUGAAACCACUUGGUCCUAUGUACAGGUGAGCUAGCGCACGUGGUGUAGCAACUUAGUGGUGUAGCAACUUAGUGCGAAGGAGGACUGGGCAGUAGUACUGUAAACAGUAAAUUACAUGUUGUGUUAGUGAUGUGAAGCACUAGAUGCAAUCUGUUUGUUGAAAUUGUUUGUGACUGUCUGUCGGCUUUCUUCAAGGUCUCAAGACAUGCUAGUUUGUAUACUUGUACACUAAAGUCAAUAAAAAUGUGGACAUUGAUUCCGAGUUAAUUAUUUAAAAACAAAUGUUGUGCUCCUGAUUUCGUAUCAGUGUGUAAUUAUACGUAAUAUAGUAGCCUCGU